CGACAAAUGAGAUUGCAUGACGAGCAGCACCCAACCGGGGGCGCCGCCACAGUGCUGGACGUGACGGCAGCCGUGGCGUCAGGCGAGCACCUAGCCGUGCUGCAGAGCCAUCUGCCCUACUCCUUCCCCGUCCUGCGACGGCUUCAGUUCUCCCUAACGGCGGCCGGAAGCAGCCCCACCGCCAAGGUACUGCUGGCUACGUCGGGCGACAGUCCUCACCUGGCCGUCGCCUACGUCGACGUACACAAGGCUCCCGAGACGCAAAUGUGGAUAUACUCGAGCCUGGAGGACAGCUGUGGCCUCGGCGGGCACGACCCCCCGGAGAUCUCCUUGCCGAGCUCCGAGGUGGACGUCUGCCUCGAGCAGGUUCUUUCUAUCCUAAAGCGAGCCGGUGAGGUGGCGCGUGAAGCCGGGCCGGAUAUCGGAGCGGUUGGGGUGGACGGCGUUGCUCGGACAGGCGGCAUCAUGGUGGGGACGCUUCACGAGGCCCUGCGGCUUCUCCUCCUGGACAAAGGGGUUACCAUGUCGUACAGCAACCCUCACUACAAGUGGCUAUUCAGGGUCGAAGACCUGCCGACAGGUCUUGCGUCUCCGUUGACCGAGGAUAUGGCCUGGGACACGAUACGUAGAGGAGAUGUGCCACUGAUAAAGCAGAGAACGAAUAUCCCAAAGACAGAGAGCCGUACCGAGGACGCGGAAUAGCCAAGGCGAUGGCAACCAAGCUCAUUAUGGCACACAAUGGCAAUUUUGGAAGCGACGGCUGGUGUUCGGCCGAUGUGCAUGUUGAGAAUAGGCAAAGCGCAGGUGUGUGCAGGAGUAUAGGCGGGAAGAUGGGCUGGCCUGUCUCUUGGUAAGUCGCAUUAUGUCUAUUUUUGCGGCUUCAAGGCCUCGUUUUUUUGACCAAACUUUUAACAUUGCCCUGUACAGGUCCGUGAUUGAUAUAGACAGCCUCUAAGCUGUUGAAGACAACCCGGUAUUUACUGCGUAUAUAAGGCUUAUCAUAACCCCUGGUUAAAGAGUUCUAGUCCUUGGUUUGUCUGUGGAUCUCCUGCAGAUAAAAUUUCAGGUCGUCCGGGUUGACGAGCGGUGUAAUUCCUGUGGCCCAGGUUUACUAUCCAGCCCUUCUUCUUCUGCUUCCACUCGAAUCCCUCAACCAUAUCCUUGACAACGGCCGUAAUGGCAUCCUUGGUGCCGUAGAGCACUCCAGGGUCGGCGUUGCCCUGCAGGACGAUUUGCCGAUCACCUCGGACCUUGUUGGCUUUGGCAGGACUGUAAAGCCAGUCGAGCCCGACGACAUUGUAGCCCAUGGCACAGCAAUCCUCCAGGGCGAACCAGGCACCCUUGGGGAAAACAAUCAUUGGGACAGGAUCCAGGCCCAGCUCCUUGAGCCUUUUCGGGAGGUUUUCCGAAAUGUAGCGCAGAUAAGGAGCGGAAAACUGCUCAAAGGAUGCAGGCGAGAGCUCUCCUGCCCAUGAGUCAAAGACUUGGAUAAGCUGGAAGUUAAGGGUUUUUUUUUGGUUUUUUUUAGUUAGUAUUCUUUGUGAUAUACCCUGCGGACCGCGGACUGAAACAUAG